AUGUUCCGUUCGGCGCGAUGGAGGAGGGAGAAGGAGAAGAAUAAAAUCAAAGCGGUUUUCAAGUUGCAGUUCCAUGCAACUGAGGUGGAAGGAGAUGCGUUUACGAUAUCUCUAGUGCCGGAGGAUGUUGGGAAGCCCACAGCGAGGUUAGAGAAAGCAUUGGUUCGAGAUCGUUGCUGUUACUGGCUGGAUCCUGUUUAUGAAACAAUGAAAUUCACUAAGGAAACGAGAUCAGGGAAGAUGAAUCAGAAGAUUUACAGUUUUCUUAUGUCAAAGAUCACGCAGGGAUCAUCCAAAUCCAAUGUUGUUGGUGAAGUUUCCAUUGAUUUCGCAAGCUAUGUUGAAGCUACGAAAAUUUAUUCACUGUCUCUCCCUCUCAGGAAUUCAAAAUCUGAUGCCAUUCUGCAUGUUAAGAUUCAGAGAGUGUUGGAAAACGAUUUAACAAGAAAUGUAGAAAACGACAGUGAUGCUGCUAAUGUUGCUUCUGAUAAUAAAAUCUUGAAGGAAGAACCGUUAGAAGACAUUGAAGAAGAAGUAGGCAGUGACAUCAAGACCAACACAAUUGAGGAUGAUUUGAAUAGGAAUGAUCAUCGUGUAUCUAGUGGAUCAAAUUUCACGAUUUCAAGUUCUGAUAGCAGUUUCGACACAGAAACUCCUUCCAAAUACGCAGUGAAGAAUGAUAACACCGUCACUGAACACGAAACAGAAUUCUCUGAUUUCACUACUACAGAUGAUUCGCGGGGGAGCAUUGAAGAGCCUAAAACGGAUAUGGAGCUUCAGACUCUGAGAAAGCAAAUCGUGAAUGAAAGUAAGAGAGCGCAGGAUCUAGCAAAAGAGGUCGCCACUCUGAAAGAGGAUAGAGACGCUCUUAACCUAGAAUGCGACAACUAUAAGGCCUUCCAUAAACGUCUUGAUGAAGCAAAAGAUAAAGAUAGGUUGCAUUUCAAUGGAGGUGAUGCGUUCAAUCUCCUUGAAGAACUCAGACAAGAACUGAGUUAUGAAAAGGACCUAAAUGUCAACCUCCGUUUACAACUCUGUAAAACGCAGGAAUCAAACUCCGAGUUAAUCCUAGCAAUUCACGACUUAGACGAAACCUUAGAACAAAAGAACAAGGAGCAACUGAAGAUGCAAUACGAAAGCACCCAAAUAGAGAACCUGGAAAAUGAGCUGAAGAAGAUAUCAGAACAGUUAGCGGAUUGUUUUGACAUCAUAAGCAAACACGAACUUCACAUUCAAAACCUGGAAGAAGAAAUCGAAAACCAGGCUGAAGGAUUCAAGGCUGAUCUAGAUACUGUAACUCGCUCUACAAUAGAACAUCAACAAAGGGCAAUAAAAUCUGAGGAAUCCCUAAGAAAGAUUCGCUUACAAAACGCUAGUACCGCCGAGAGGCUUCAGAAGGAAUUCAGAAAGCUGUCUUUUCAAAUGACAUCCACGUCCGAAGCAAACGAGACUAUAGCUACUAAAGCCAUGGAGGAAACAAGUGAACUGCGUUUGGAGAAACACCUUUUGGAAGAAAUGCUUCUAAAUGAAAAGGAACACCUCAAAAUUGUCAAGGACCAGUACGAAGAGGAAAUCUGUGAACUAGAACAAGAACUGCAAUAUCUGAAAAGGUCAAUGGAGGAAACAGAAGAUCUAUUGGAAAGAUGGAGUAGUGAAAGAAAUGAGAUGGAAUCCAUUGUUGUUUCAUUGAGGAAGGAAGCAGAUGAGUUCAUGGAUGAAAUAACUGCAAUUGGUAAUCUAGAGGAGGUAAGGAAGAGAACGUUUGAUAGUACAAAAUCCGAGUUGGAGACUCUAAUACUACAAUGUCACGAGUUUAAACAAGUAAAUUCAUCGUCGUACGACGACAACAAACAUCUACGGAACAUAAUCGUAGAGCUGGAAAAACGAAUCGCCACUACUAAUUGCUCUCAUGAAUCCCUAAAGGGGCAAGAUGCAGCUGAAGAAAGAAACACACCAAUCAUAAGUGCAAACCUGAAUAUUGAAAUGGAAGUGUUGAUGGAGAAGCAUAAAUGUAUGGAAGAUGAAUUGAAUGAGAUGCAAAGAAGAUACUCAGGAUUAAGCCUCAGAUUUGCAGAAGUUGAAGGAGAAAGACAACAAUUGAUUAUGACAUUGCGCAAUCUUAAAAAUCCAAAGAAGAUGUUCUUCUUCUAAUAAUACCUCAAA